UCCAACCCUCCGUGUGCCUUUGUCUCUCAAGCUAGGGGCGUAGCGGCUGGAGGAAAUCAUGGUGUUCGCUCCAGGUGAGAACCCUGGAGAUGAGCCUGAAGAGGUGAAGCUGCAGAAUGCCAGCAAACAGAUUGUGCAGAAUGCGAUCCUGCAGGCUGUGCAGCAAGUCUCCCACGAGGGCCGGCCGGCGGCAGAGCGAGCCAGGGCCAACGAGGGCGCCUGCCAGCUGAGAGUGGGGGAGCUAACCAAGAAGCACGAGAAGAAGUAACAUCGGUGGCUUUGGCUUUUAUCAUGUGCUUGGUUUCUAGCCUUCCUCUUAGUAUAGGAUGCGUCGCCGAAACGUUGCCAGUACAGCAGACGGAAGUGCCAUGGGCACCUGGAGUAGAAUGAAUCCGCAUUAGCCCUUGGCUGAGAAGCACGGUUUUGACAAAUGUGCUUCAGGUGAUUCUGUUUAUAUUGAUGCAGUGCCUCUUCGCCACUGGGGAGGGGGCAAACGUGACACUGUAAUUGCAAAAGUCGUUUUACAACACAAUUUAUUUUUGUUGCUUUAGAAAAUAAUUCUUAUUUAUGUCUGCCUUUAUGCAAUCUUUCUGUGAAUUUAACCAGCAGUCUCUCUCUCUCACACUUUUAAAAAUACGGAGUGCAGUACUGUGUUCUCUAUAAUAUUUUUAAAAGACACACUGGAAAGGCGAAGGAAUGGACUUUCGGAAUUGAAAGUUUUAUAUAAAGUCGACUCAGGUCCAAGGUCCAAUUAAGAAAGACAAACUCUAAGACUGAGUUCUUCAGAAUACCAAUGAAGUAUAUAUGUAUAAUUUUUUUCAAAGAGGAGUUUAGGCUUUUUAAGAACUCAGUCAUAAUUUCCUGAUUGAUGAUGGAUAGUUGCUGUUUCCCAAGAAAUCCUUUGGGAAUGCUAUGGAUAUCUUUUGCCGUCUUGAAAUAAGAUAGAUCAGUAUAUGUGCCUGAGCUGCUAAUGAUUCAAAACAGUAGCAGCCCCACGCGACACAGAAAGGGUUGUAGAUAGCUGAAGUGCUGGCCCUUCUAGAGGGUGCCACCCUAGCGUCUGGCUGUGGCAUGCGGCAUCACUGGAGGGCGCUCUGGGGCCCCAGGAACACUGUGCUGCCAUCAGGCUAUGCAUUUGCAGUAGUACCCGACUAGUAGAAACCUUUUCCCCAUCCACAAGUGAGAAUUGUUGUCUUUUUUCAAAUUAUGGAAGUCAUACAGAUCAGGAAUUACAUUUAAGAUGGGAAAAACCAUUUUUUUUCUUCCCCAGCUCUCGAGCAUGAAAAUACAGUGGGAACAGAUAGUGUCCGAGUGUUGAAUAUAGUUAGUAAGAGAUGUGUAUGUAUAAAAUCAUUUCUCUUGGAAGAGGAAGAUGUGUUACUCUACUCCCACAUGGAGAAUGCAUAGCUAUAGGACGUCCUCAAAGUUCCAUUUACUGCGGAGUUGGUGCUAAUGGGCUGAGAGGAAACACUUGAUCAUUGUUACAAUUUUAUUUUUGUUUUGUUUCAGAGUACCAAGGUCUCAAUUUGACGCUGACAAAGAGCAAAACAGCCAAACAGCCAAAGGGUUAGCACAUAAAUUGUGCCCAAUCCUAGGAUUGGCUUCUGAAACCGCAUGUGUCACACUUUCUGGAGUGGGUAGGUUGGCAACAGCAGGCAGACGAAAAAAAUCUCUUAUUCGCUUGGUUAGCUGAUCUAACACAGUGUGCAGAUGGAAUACACUGGUGGGAAUGGAGAGAAGGUGGCGUAGAGGGGAAUAGAAUUUAAAUAUAGACAUUUUAUCUCCACAUUUUUUAUCAGAACUCAUGACAAUUGAAGACUUUCAGUGGCCCUAAAAAGCAGGAUAUGUGUAUGUAUAAUUGCACACCAUAGCUAUUGAGAAUGAAGGUACGCGGGGAAAUUAUUCAGGAGUUUACACACACACACACACACACACACACACACACACACACACACGGCACAAAUAAAUAAACCCAAUGCUUGUAGUUUGCAACUAGCCAGGCCCUCUGCCUACUAAGAUGUUUCGAUAUAAGCUGCCGCAGAAUUUUUGCUGUGAUAUGGGCAGAAACACAUAGCCUUCCUUUCUAAUGUUUCUAUGCCAAUGCAUUGGGGAUGUUGAAGAGCAUCCUAUUAAAUCUCUGCAUCUAAAUGCUAUCUAUAAUAUACUAUGUUCCGCUUUGAAAUAAAUGUUAUCAUUUUAAGCAAA